AUGCAAUUUCACUCAGAUAAGCAGCAUUUGGACAGUAAAACCGACAUCGAUUUCAAGCCAAACUCACCGCGUUCCUUACAAAAUAGGAAUACCAAAAAUUUAUCUUUAGAUAUAGCAGCACUCCAUCCAUUAAUGGAAUUCUCAUCGCCAAGCCAAGAUGUGCCAGGUUCAGUAAAAUUCCCAUCGCCGACACCUUUGAAUCUAUUUAUGAAGCCCAAACCUAUUGUGUUGGAGAAAUGUCCACCAAAAGUAAGUCCAAGGCCAACGCCACCAUCGCUGUCGAUGAGGCGAAGCGAGGCCUCUAUAUACACACUACCAACAUCUUUGAAGAACCGAACUGUUUCUCCAAGCGUGUAUACAAAAUCAUCCACAGUAUCGUCUAUCAGUAAGCUGUCAUCAUCAUCACCGUUAUCGUCAUUUUCAGAAAAACCUCAUCUGAAUAGAGUCCAUUCAUUAUCCGUGAAAACUAAAGACUUGAAGUUGAAGGGAAUUAGAGGACGUUCUCAAACGAUCUCAGGGUUAGAGACAUCCACGCCAAUUUCUAGUACUCGUGAAGGUACUUUAGAUAGUACGGAUGUCAACAGAUUUUCUAACCAAAAGAAUAUGCAAACAACAUUGAUUUUCCCGGAGGAGGACUCGGAUCUGAAUAUUGAUAUGGUGCAUGCAGAGAUUUAUCAACGAACGGUUUAUUUAGAUGGACCAUUGCUGGUACUGCCGCCUAAUUUGUAUCUAUAUUCAGAACCCAAACUAGAAGAUAUAUUAUCGUUUGAUUUAGUCAUUAAUGUUGCCAAAGAAAUACCGAACCUGGAGUUUUUAAUACCGCCGGAAAUGGCACAUAAAAUAAAAUAUUACCAUAUUGAAUGGACACACACAUCCAAGAUCGUCAAGGACUUAUCCCGAUUGACACGCAUUAUACAUACCGCUCAUUCGCAAGGCAAGAAAAUACUCGUACACUGUCAGUGUGGAGUAUCAAGAUCGGCGUCAUUGAUUGUGGCGUAUAUCAUGCGAUAUUAUGGCUUGAGUUUAAAUGAUGCAUACAAUAAGCUGAAAGGUGUUGCUAAGGAUAUAAGUCCAAACAUGGGUCUCAUCUUCCAACUUAUGGAAUGGGGAACCAUGUUGUCCAAGAACUCACCGGGCGAAGAAGGAGAGACUGUUCACAUGCCUGAGGAAGAUGACAUCGGAAACAACGAAGUUUCCUCGACUACGAAGUCCUACUCUUCUGCGUCCUUUAGAAGUUUUCCCAUGGUAACGAAUCUAUCAUCGUCGCCGAAUGACAGUUCUGUCAAUUCUUCGGAAGUAACGCCAAGAACUCCUGCUACGUUGACUGGAGCAAGGACCGCACUGGCCACAGAACGCGGGGAAGAUGAUGAGCACUGUAAAAGUUUGUCUCAACCCGCAGAUUCACUGGAAGCUUCUGUGGACAACGAAUCAAUAUCUACUGCCCCGGAACAGAUGAUGUUUCUUCCUUAA